AUGUCUCAACCAGUCUAUCAGAUAGUAGUAACUGCUGAUGAGGACAAAACCACAGCCUCGAAGCGACGUGCUAUCUACCUCCGUCCAUUUCUCCUCUUCUGGCUCAAUUCCCUUGUCUUCGAAGUUGCAAUGCUCAUAGUCAGCAUCGCUGCCUUUUCAGGAUGGCGCAGUAUGUUCCCUAAGUUCAUGUGGACCAUCGUGUUUUGCCCUCUGGGCAUGGGAGGCGCCAUGGGAGGCCUCAUCAACGCCUUCAUUGUCGAUCGCAUCUACGGAAAGCAAGCAGUCCAUUUCGUCGCAAUCCUGAGCGUCCUGGUUCUAGGGGCGUGUAACAACCUAUGUUAUAACUUGGAUCUCGUGUUCGGAUGGUUUGGUGCUCAGGACCAUUUCUGGUGGUGGCACUGGCGGUAUCUGGGGGUUUGGUUUGUUGGGUACUUCAACGGCAGGAUGAUGUUCACGGAUGAAGGACAAAAGUCACUUGCUGAUUUGGGUGUUUAA